AACUAUUAUAGAAUAGAUAAAAUAUAAAUAACGUAUAAUAAAUUUACAUGGUUUUAUAUAACUAUACUUAGUAGGUACAGAUCUUGUAAGAUAUCUGCGAUUAUUCGUCUUUUAAAUUACGACUAUUAGACAUUGGUAGGCAAUAUUUGAAUCGAGUUGCUUUGCAACGUAUAACUAUCGAAUUUUCUUUUGUUCAUGUCUAAACAUAUUUUUAUGCAAGUUAAUAUAAUUUAAUUAGUUCAUUAUAACUUAUUAAAUUUAAUUAUUGUUUUAAUAAGUAUAUAUCAGUUAUUUAACUGUUACAUGAUAGUAAGGCUAACGGUUACUUUUAAGUUAAGAGGUUUGAUAACUGUUUAACUUAAAUUUUAAUUUUUAUGAAGCAAAAACUUAUAACGUUGUAAGUGUUGCUGAUCAGUAAACAUGCAUACUUGUGAGAAAUGUAACAAGGAAUUUACUCUCAAAAAAAAUUUAAACAGGCACUUACUGAAAAUACACAAUUUAAAAGUAUUGCCAAUUAAUAAAUCUAAAGGUACACUUAAAUGUUUACUAUGUGAACUUUUUUUUGUUAAAAGAAGUUCACUAAGGCGACAUGAACGGGAUAAACAUAAAAUGAAUCUAACACCAUCAUUACAGAAAAAAAAAAUAACAAAUAAGUGUGUAAUAUUUGAACCAAGCAAUUUAGAAGAUUAUCCACAAUUACAGAAAUUAUUGCCUAGUGGUUUUAUUUACAAAAUUAAUUAUGUAGAAAGUCUAGGAAACGAUAAAUUAAAAACAAAAUUUGAAAUCCCUGAUUGUUCAGAAAAAAUGUUUAUGAAUUGGCUUUCAGAAUUGUCUCAAAAGUCUCAUGUCACUUACAGAGUUAAAUCAUAUACCAAGUCACCUAGUCCUAAAAUAAUAUUUAAUAAAGUUUACAGAUGUGAACAUAAUACAUUUCCUAAUAAAUACUGUGAUCCUCACCCAAAGCAUACAGGAUGCCCCUCCACUUUAACUGUACGAAUAACAAAAUGUAGUGAAGCUUUAUCUUUAAAAAGUACAAUAGCUGACAACAAUGUAAUGAUAUUUUCUCUUAAGGUAAUUGCGACACUUUAUCAUUGUCAUAAUCAUAUUUUAUCAGAAUCUGUAAAAUUAAGUUUUACUCGAAAAGAAAAGCAAAUAAAUAAAAAUAGAAUAAAAUUAAUUAAGACUUUAAUAAAUGAAGAAGAAACAAAAAAUAAUGUAAAUAUAGUACACUCUAAUGAUUUCUUAAGUCUUAAUACAUCGAAUAGUUUAGAAGAAUCAAUGAAGAACAUUAAAUACAAUGAAAAUAUGACAGAAAUGAUUGAAGAAACUAUUGUAUUAUAUGAAAAUGAAAAUGUUGAACUAUCUAAAGAAUUUGAUAAUUAUAUUUUUGUUGAAAAUUUGAAUACUGAAAACUUAUUACAUAAUGGUGAUAAUGAAAAUGAAUUAAAUCAGCUAUUAUCUGAUUUUGAUCAAGCUAAUCAAAGAAUGUUGCAACAAUUUGAAUCAAAUCCUAAAUAUUUUGUGUCGGCAAUCAAAGCUUAUACUUGUGCAAUGAAGAACAGCUUAAGUUCUAAAGAGUCUUUAUUAAAUGCACUGCAUUCUUUUGGAAAUCUGUUACAUGAAGGGUUCUAAGAAAUUAUUUUACUAUCAAAAAAUUAUAAUUAGUGAUAUAGUUAAUACAUUUAUAAUUUAGUAUUAUGCA